AUGAAAUUCUAUAAAAAUGGAGAAUUCGGUGAUUGUCGCUAUGGCAAGAGAAACCAGAUGACUUUCCAGCCAUCCUACGAAGAAAUUUACGUUGAAGAGUUCGAUAUGAAAAAAGCGCUCUCGGAAAAUAUUCUUAAUUUUGCAAAUAUGCUUGAAGACUGGAUUAACUCCUACGUUUGUCUCGGAUAUAAUGGCAAAAAGAGAGUGCUUACAAAUGCUAGGGAAUCUGUAGAAGAAAUUAAAUCAUUGGCAAUAUUGCCUGAGUAUCAACCUCAAGAGUUCUCUUACUUCUCUACUUAUGGAACAUACGCAGAAGCAAAAGCCGAAUGCUUGAAUGAGGGCGGUUGGCUCUUUACACUUGAUGAUAACGAAGAAGACAGAAACAGAUUCGACUAUUUUCUAUCGCUGAUGAUUAUUCCGUGGGGAACACGAUGGAUUGAAACAGAAAACAUGUGUGCUACAACAAACAAGAAAGGAGAAAUUGAGGAUCUCGGUGAAUAUGUAGGAAGCACUGAACAAAUCCAAAGAUGCAAUAGAGGCACUCACGGACUGUGUGAAAAAGGCCAAUAUCUGCCACAAUGUAACGAAAAAAUCCUCGCGAAUAGUAAUCAAGAGUGUCCAACUGGGCAAGUGCUAAAAUGUUCGAGUCCGUGCGCAGAGAAAAUGGACUGCUACGAUGUUGCCGCCGGUCGAACAACUGAUUAUUUCUGCGGACUGAAUACUGUCCCAGCACUGCAGGUUGUCUGUGGCUGUCCCGAAGGAUACAUUUGGAAAUCUGACCAUGGAUCCGAGAAGCAUUGCGUAGCGAUUAACGAAUGUGGUUGUAAAGACUCUCAGCUCAAUCUCGAAGGCAAUACCUGGUCACUCUCUGAUAUCGGACGUGUUGUCGAUGAUUGUGAGAACGGAAAAUGCAUUUGCAAGGGACUGCUGUUUGGAUGGGAUUGCGAGCAAUAUAAGAGCCCAUGUGAUGAAUUUGAAAAUUGUGAUACACUCGUUUGUGAGAAACCAGCUGUUUCGACAAGACUAGGCUCACACUUGAAAAGUAUAACGACGGCUGAUCGAUACGAGCUUGGCUUAGAGUUCACUUGCAAUGAACAUAAAACGUAUUACGAUGAAGACCUCUAUGAUUAUUGGCAUCGAUACAGCGUUGUGAUAAACGGUCCUUCAUAUACGCGAACGUCAGGUGACUGGAUGUGGUUCGGCAUCAGUCACUUCACAAAACACGAUCCGGACGAGUUCAGCGUAAUCAUAGAGUGGCCACGAUUAGCUUCCGGUGAUGUGCGGGCCCUAUGCAAAAAAAACGCGGAUGGAAGUUACGAUUGGAACAAGGUCAAAGUUUUUCAAGAUUAUGAUGAUGCAACUGAGACUUAUACAAAAACCAUUUUUGCGAAUGGUGAAAAGGUUUUUGAAGAGAGUUAUAAUGUCGUUACAGAUAUUCACAAUGUCACAUGGUGGCCCUUUCCAUACAAUGGAAAUCUAGGAGUAAAUCUAGGUCCCAGGGAAUCAGGCCAGUUUCCCGCAGAAGGAUCUAUGAAUCGAAAUUUUUACUAUCGAAAACUAGAGGCUGGUGGUUGCCUGACACCAGAGGGUGAGUAUGUCGAUAAGGGUUUUCGAACAUGGUCUUGCGAAAGGGGUAAUUGCGAAUGUGGAGACGAUGGUUACAUUUGUGAUGCCUUAGAUGUCGAACCUACUGAUCCUUGCGAAAAUUAUGAUAACUGCACGACUUUCAUCUGUAGCACGCCAAGAUACACUGUAGCAGGAGCAGAAGGAGUCAUUGCCAUGCUUAUACCAGAUAAGAACUACCAGAUCGGAUUCGAAAUGACAUGCUAUGAUGGCCUUAUAAACGGUUUUUACGCGCCAAGAAUUUGGAGUGAGAGCCAACCAAGAUGGUUCGAAGUUUUUCAGGAAGACGGAGAAUGGAGCUACUCAUAUUUUAUAUCAACAGAGUAUGGGUCGCGGUUCAACUCGAAAAAUUACACAAUGAUAACUCCACGUUGUGCUAGAGGAGAAUGGAACAAAAUUAUUUUAACACAGACCUACGAUGAGCUAGCAGAUACUUACAGAAAGAAAAUAUUUGUAUAUGAUUGGUAUCAUAUGGACACGCCAAUUUACGGAUCACAUUUUUCUCCAUAUCAAGAUGAACUCUCUGUGGCUAUCGGUGGUGGCACUGAUGACAAAGAAACGGCAGAAGGGACAAAGUUGAGAAAUUUUUACUACAGAAAAGUCAAUCCUGGUGGCUGUUUCUUGCCUGAUGGUCAAUACGUAGACCAUGGUUAUUCAAUCGAUUCUUGCGACAAAGGGAGGUGCCAGUGCAAUGAUGGUUUAUUUCCCUGCGAGAGAUACACAAAUCCAUGUUUCGGUCAAGCAAACUGCGAUACUUUGCUCUGUAGUAUGGAAAGAAAUGCAACUAACGGCGAAGAAGCGAUAGUUGGCAAAAUUGAAGCCUAUCAUAGCUACGAAAUGGGAAUGGAACUAACUUGCACGAACACGAGUCUUGAAGAGGGAAGCAGCGCGAGCGAUGAAUGGCUUUCUGCACAUAUCUGGGACGGAGACAUGUCAAGAAGCUUUGGUCAAGAAUUCUUAUUGAGUGAAAAUGACUCAGAAGAUUCAAGAUUAAGCUUCAAUCGAGGCAAUUUUUGGAUGUUUGUUCUUCAAGCUACUUCAUAUUGGGGUUCUAAAUUUAUUAUUGGAAGUGAAUAUCCUGUUGGAGUUCCGAAUCAUUGGAAUGGAAGAGGGUUCCAUGUCGUUCGUCCAAACUGCAUCGAAGGAUGGAACACCAUGAAAAUAGUCCAAACAUAUGAUGGUACUACUGAUACAUACACAAAAUCUAUCCACGCAAAUGGAAAGGUUGAGUUCACUGCGACAUUUCCUGCUGCUGACUCUGAAAUGUACGAGGGCGAACUAACCGUUGGAAUCGGUCCCGGUCAUCCUCGAUGGAGCGCUCCAGUAAACACAAUGAUGAGGAACUUUUAUUAUCGAAAACUUGACUAA